ACACCACACGACGAGGCUCGCCUCGAUCGCUGCCGCUCCGCUUUCCCCCUUCCUUCCUUGUCCACCUCACUCUGCUUCCGAUCCUCGCCGCUUUGCGUCGCGCGGUGGAGUGUGGCGAAAGGCGCCCGCGCCGGAGUCUCGACGGAGGAUCGCGGUUGAGUCGAUGGAAGCGGAGCGGCGGAAUGGUCGUCGCAGGAAUUGAGGCUCGGAGGUUUAGAUAGGGAUAUGGAAGCCGGGGCGGGAAUGGGACGAGAUGCGGCGGUGUCCAAGAGCGAGGCCAACGGGAAGAGCAGCAGCAGCAGCGCCAACGGGAGCGCCAACGGGGAGGCGGUAGGAGGAGAGAACAUAGAGGAGAUGCCAUCGUCUUCCCCAUCUGCUGCGCAAGCAGUGGCGGGGCGGCAGCAGGUGGCGAUGGCCACGUUGCCGCGACCCGCGCCAGCGUUCCGAAUGGUGAGCGCCGUGAUCGAGAAGAAGGAGGAUGGACCGGGGCCGCGUUGCGGGCACACGUUGACGGCCGUGGCAGCGGUUGGGGAGGAAGGGACGCCGGGAUACGUCGGUCCGAGAUUGAUUUUGUUCGGGGGCGCGACUGCGUUGGAGGGGAAUUCGUCCGCCGCGGGCGGACCUCAGACUGCUGCUGCUGGUGCCGGCAUUCGGUUGGCGGGUGCAACCGCAGACGUGCACUGUUAUGACGUGACUAGCAGAAAAUGGUCAAGACUCAUUCCUGUUGGGGACCCACCUUCUCCGCGAGCAGCGCAUGCAGCCACAGCGGUGGGAACCAUGGUUGUUAUCCAGGGAGGAAUCGGACCGGCAGGAUUGUCAACAGACGACCUUCACGUACUGGAUCUAACUCAGGCGAAGCCCCGGUGGCACAGGGUGGUGGUCCAAGGAGCGGGGCCAGGGCCUCGGUAUGGGCAUGUGAUGUCGUUGGUGGGGCAGCGGUUUCUUUUAUCUAUUAGUGGGAACGACGGCAAGCGACCCCUAGCAGACGUGUGGGCUUUGGAUACAGCAGCUAAGCCGUACGAGUGGAGGAAGCUUGAUCCAGAGGGAGAGGGCCCUCCUCCAUGCAUGUAUGCGACUGCAUGUGCGCGAUCAGAUGGUCUGCUUCUUCUUUGUGGUGGGAGGGACGCAAACAGCGUGCCCUUGGAUACUGCUUACGGGCUUGCAAAACAUCGAGACGGGCGGUGGGAGUGGGCAGUAGCUCCUGGAAUAGCGCCAUCAGCACGUUAUCAGCAUGCUGCGGUUUUUGUGAAUGCUAGGCUCCAUGUUUCUGGGGGCGCCUUAGGAGGAGGUCGUAUGGUUGAAGAUGAGUCCAGUGUUGCAGUAUUAGAUACAGCUGCCGGUGUAUGGUGCGAUAAGAAGGCGGUAGUGAAUAGUCCACGAUCUGGGAGGUUUUCUCAGGACGUGGCUGGUGGGGAUGCUAUCCUUGAGCUGACCAGACGAUGUCGACAUGCAGCAGCGUCCGUUGGUGACCAUAUUUAUUUGUAUGGUGGUCUAAGAGGAGGUGUUUUGUUGGAUGAUUUGUUAGUAGCAGAGGAUCUAGCUGCUGCAGAAACGACGUCAGCAGCAUUGCAUCAGGCUGCUCUGCAUUCGUCAGCGCCUUCAUCUCAGCCUAAUAGUAUUUCCAGUGCCAAAGCUGUUGGUGAUGGGCGACAGAAGACGGCAGAUGGGUCAGUUAUGAUGGGGAGCCCCGUAGCAGCGCCUGCAGCCGGAGAUGCAACGAUGGAUAUCAGUACAGAGAAUGCCUUGGCUCAUGGACAUCGGAGCGAGAGAAAAGGAGUAGAGUCACUGGUAGAGGCAUCGGCAGCAGAAGCAGAGGCUAUCAGCAAUGCGCUGAAGGCGGCAGAAGCGAAAGCUGCAGCGUGUCGAGAUACGAAUGAGGACGUUGAGGAUGGAGCCCCGGAUAGGGAUCGUGGCGCGGAAGCCACUCCAAGUGGCGAAUCACCCAUGACACCUGCAGCAGGUUCAAUGGGAUUGAACAAGUUGGCUCAUGCGGAUGGAGCCCUUACUACACCACCUACAGGCGUCAGGCUUCAUCACAGAGCAGUAGUGGUGGCAGCUGAAUCUGGAGGUGCGUUGGGAGGGCUGGUCAGGCAGCUAUCUAUCGACCAAUUUGAGAACGAAGGUCGGCGAGUUAGUUAUGGAACUACCCCAAAUAGUGCGAUGUUAGCAAGGCGGCUUCUCGACCGUCAAAUGUCUAUGGCUAGUGUUCAGAAGAAGGUGUUGGCGUACUUGCUGAAGCCUCGAGGUUGGAAGCCGCCUGUAAAGAGGCAAUUUUUCAUGGACUGCAACGAGAUUGCUGAGCUUUGUGAUGCGGCGGAACGAUUGUUUAGUCAAGAAUCAAGUGUGUUGCAAAUAAGAGCUCCUGUGAAGAUAUUUGGAGAUCUUCAUGGACAAUUUGGUGAUUUGAUGCGUCUGUUCGAUGAAUAUGGAUCUCCUUCUACAGCAGGAGACAUUACAUAUAUUGAUUAUCUUUUCUUGGGAGAUUAUGUUGAUCGGGGGCAGCAUAGCUUAGAAACUAUCACUCUUUUACUUGCUCUGAAGAUUGAGUAUCCAAAUAAUGUACAUCUUAUUCGUGGAAAUCAUGAAGCUGCUGAUAUAAAUGCUCUGUUUGGGUUUCGCAUCGAAUGCAUCGAGCGUAUGGGUGAGCGUGAUGGAAUAUGGGCUUGGCAACGCAUCAACCAACUGUUCAACUGGCUGCCGCUUGCUGCCCUUAUAGAGAAGAAGAUUAUCUGCAUGCAUGGAGGAAUCGGGAGAUCGAUCAAUCACCUACAUCAAAUUGAAUCCCUGCAACGGCCCAUCACUAUGGAAGCGGGCUCUGUUGUGCUUAUGGACCUUCUUUGGUCUGAUCCAACAGAGAAUGAUAGUGUGGAGGGCCUGCGACCAAACGCACGAGGCCCAGGGCUAGUGACCUUUGGGCCGGACCGUGUCAUGGAGUUUUGUAAAAAUAAUGACCUUCAACUUAUUGUGCGGGCACAUGAGUGCGUGAUGGACGGGUUUGAGCGUUUUGCUCAAGGGCACCUAAUUACUCUGUUUUCUGCUACGAAUUACUGCGGCACUGCCAACAAUGCGGGUGCAAUUUUGGUUUUGGGAAGGGACUUGGUGGUGGUGCCGAAGCUAAUCCAUCCCAUCCCUCCUGCCAUCACGUCCCCUGAAUCGUCACCAGAGCGGCAUCUUGAAGACACGUGGAUGCAGGAAUUGAAUGUGCAAAGGCCGCCUACUCCCACUCGAGGGCGACCGCAAGCGGGAAAUGAUCGGGGUUCUUUAGCCUGGAUUUGAUGGUUAGAGUAGAUUUGGCUAUAUGUAGGGCAAGUCACCUUAUGGUGGAGAUUAGUUUGAGGAUUGUAGGUUUUGUAAAGUAUGCCAAUGUGCACUGCUUUAGGAAUAACAAGUCACUUCCGGUUCCUAUU